AUGAAGACGGAAUUGUUUUUGAAAAGAUAUCCAAACCAAUACAAGGCGGAAAAUAUGAGGACGCCAAUCUUGAGCUUUUGUUGUGGCGUUGGUAUUUUAUCAGUAGUUUUGGUUAUUUACAAUCGAUAUUGUCUGGAUGCGCGAAAAUUACCGGAUGGCGAAGCGGUGGACUGGAGAUUGAUGUAUUAUUUAAAAAAAUAUGUCCCGGCAUUUCGAAACUUUGGCAUACCGUAUCGUGAAUAUAAGCCGGAUGAUUUCUGA